AUGGAUUAUGCUGUGUCAAGAUUCUUAAUCAGCCCUGCAGAUACUAUGGAUACAUUCCCUCCCAUUUCUAUUUCAGUUGAACAAGGCUUGGACAAGAGACCUGACUCUACAGAUCUUAGUGAAGAAGAUGCAGGAAACAGACUAAGCUCAAGCACAGAAGACAGAAGAGAUCUUGGUGACAACAGCUGUGAAAGUUGUGAAAGCAACAGCUUCCCCAGGGAGGUUUCUAGCAGUAGCAUUGAGAGUUUUUCAAAAGAUGAUCAUGAAUGGAGCACUCAGGACAAUGAAGAUGGAGGUUAUUUUGGACAUCAGAUGGUCUAUAGGAAAAGGGCAGACAACAAGGAUUCCCACUAUCACCGAAAGGAAAUAAAUAAGGAGAGUUCUGAUGACGAGUCUGCUGGCAGAAUGUCAUUGGAGGACCAAAGUGAAGGUCGCCUUUUGGGGGCUAACAAAAUAUCCAAAGAACAGUUUGAUGUUGAAAAUGAUGGCAUGGUUUAUACCCCAGAACAAGUCCUUUAUACUUUUGUGGAGAAAGGGGGAAGUGAUCUAACAGCUGAAGAUAUCAGUGGUGAUGAUUCUUUAGAUGGAAAUAAUGAUGAAGACCCUGGGCACACUAUAUCUCCAAGUGAAGUAGAUGCUCUGCAACCUCCAGCACCUCAUGGAGAACAGGAUGGUGGCCAUACCGGAGGUCGACAUUCUGAUGAUAGUAGCAGCAGUAGCAGUAGCAGCAGUGAAAGCAGAAACCUUGAGAGAGAGGACAAUCACGUUAUUGAUUAUGGCAGAAGGCAUGGAGGUGAUAGUUACAGUAGCAGCCAAGAGGAUGGAUACGAUUUUCAAAGUGAAGAAAUGCAAGGAGACGAGCCAAUGACUUUUGAGAGCCAUGGCAGUGAUUCCCACAUGCUUCCUGAGGCUAUUCAUUCAAAAGAAAGCAGCCAAGAAAUGCAUAGCAGUAGCAAAGAAGUAGAACAUCUUGAAAAGAAGGCAUAUCAUUAUGUUGAUGGUGAUUCAGAUGAAGAUAACAGCCCUGAGCAUGAACAGAACAAAUCCUCAAAAGAAGAUGAUGAUAAUUCUGAGGUAGACAGCCAACUUGUAGAAGAUGUUAGUCAAUCAACAGAAAACGUUCCCAGUCAAUCCAGGGAAGAUGAAACCAGUCAUUCUGGGCAGUCUGUAGAGAGCUCAUCCAGGGGACAAUCUAGGGAGAACCUCAAUAGCCAUUCUAGAGAAGAUAUCCAUAGUGAAUCCCGAGAAGAAGAUAAGCACAGCCAGUCCAGGGAGCAUGAUAAGCACAGCCGGUCCAGGGAAGAUGAUAAGCACAGCCGGUCUACGGAAGAUGACAAGAAUAGCCAAUCCACAGAAGAUGAUAAGCACAGUUGGUCCAAAGAAGAUGCAACCAGAGGGCAUAGUCAGAGCCAGUCUAAAGAAAACAGGAGCAGCCAUUCCAGAGAAGACAAACGUAGCCAAUCACAGGAAGAUGAUGUUCAUAGUCAGUCCAUAGAACUCGCUAGUCAAUCAAGAGAGAAUGAAGACACAGUAUCUGAAGAAGAUGUAAAGAGUGACUCCACUGAAGAUACCAGAAGCUCCCAAGAAAAAGUUGUGCAAAAAUCUAAAGAGACAGAAGAGGAAUCCAACGAGCACAAUCCUAGCGAAUCUCAGGAGAGUCACUCUGUUGAAAAAUCAGAAAACAUGCCACCAAGACCCGCUGAAUCCAGAGAAUUCAAGAGGCAUCAGAGCAGAUCAAGUGAGAAGAGCUCUUCUAUGGAAGAGAGUGAAGAGUCAGCUGAAGACACAACAGAAUCCGUUGAGGACGAUAGCAGAUUGUCUCAAAGUGCAUCAUCUGAGAGCAGCAAAGUGUCUGAAGAAAGUGCCAGCAGUGAUGAUAGUAAUUCAAAUGAAGGGCAAGAUCAGCAAAGCAGAUCAUCAGAGACCAGUGAAUCCAAAGAGGAAGAAAGCAAUUCUAUUGAAAGACCCAGUCAAUCCAGAGAGGAUACUAGGAGCCAAUCUGUCAGCAUGGAAGAUAGCAGUUGGUCAAGAAGCAAGGAGCUUGAAAGCCGAAAACUAAUGCUUGACUUUUACCAUAACAAACCCUUUAAUGAUUAUGAUGAUAAUGAUUGCCAGGAUGGGUAUUAA